AGGAGGAAGGCUGCUGUUAUCAGUUGGUGCAUGUUGGUCUGAGAGAGCACUCAGGCUGGAGGGCACAUGAUCGGCCGGAGCGCACACUCCGCAUCUCUAACUCUUGCUUCUUUUGUCACCCUAUCUCUCUUUCCUCCCUCUAUUUGUUUUUGUCCUGCACUCUGACCAGCCCCAAGUCGGUCUUUACAGCAGAAUUCAGAAUUGUACUAAAAUGUCUGCGGUGGCUUCUCUGCAGUAAGCACACAAAGGUUAUGCUGCCAAAAAGCUGCCUGAGUCCCAGUGAGAAAGAGAAGGGCUAAAGUCGAACUGAUCCAAACCAGCUUUCCAGUUCCUCUCCAGCAGCAACACCACUGCGGAGCCAUGAGCAACCCCAAUGCUCCCAACCAGAUUACAGAUGCCAUGGCAGCAGUUAUUCACAGUCCAGAGGCCCUUGCUGCCUCAUCACUACAUGGGACUCCACAGUCAGAGGAAGAGGAUGAUGGGGACCUGAACAAAGCUUUGGGUGUCCAGCGCUUCCAGCAGAUCCUCAGCCCUGCUGCUGUCGUACCUGAUGAGCAGCACCACAACUACCAUGAAGAAGACAUUGAAUACCACCGUCACUCCUCUCACCACAUCCACAGACCUCUGUCCAAACUGCCCUCAGAGGGACGCAAGAAGAAGUGCAGCAAGAAAAGGAAGAAGGACAAAGAUCACAAAAGCAGCCACGUUCCCAGUAGUGGGCCCAUUGAGGAAGGAGAGGAUGAAGAGGAAGAGGAGGAGGAGGGGAUGGGGGCAACUUCUGCUCCAUCUGACUCAGAGAGAGUCAGAGAUGUGGAGUUCUUUGUUUCGGAUGAAGACCAUGUGGCCAAAUGUGGCAAAGAGAGCCCUCACUCAGCCCGAGAGCUUGAUAUUGUCCCACAGUCAGGGGUAGGAGCAGAUGCUGACGAUGUAACUUCCACAGAUAAGCUGGACAUAUCUGUCACUUCCAGCCCCUCUCCUCAGCCAGUGCCACCCGAACACAUACCACUGACCCGGGUGUCGUCCGCCAGUCGCAGCUACGAUCUGCAAGAACGCCGGCGUACGGGCAAUAUGACGGGUGCUGAGCAGGCCAAGUACCAGCGUAUCCCUACUGAUGAGAGUGAGGCUCAAACACUGGCCUCUGCUGAUCUGGACGGCAUCAAGAGCCAUCGUUUUGAAGAUGUGCCCGGCAUGCGCAGGCACCUGGUCAGAAAGAGCACCAAGGGGCAAGUGGUACACAUUGGUAAAGACCACAAAGAGCCGACCACUCGCAGCCGCAAACAGGACCGAACCCCACAUGAGGUGUUUGUGGAGCUGAACGAACUAACAAUGGACAAGAACCAGGAGAUGCAGUGGAAGGAAACGGCUCGUUGGAUCAAGUUUGAGGAAGAUGUGGAGGAGGAGACGGACCGCUGGGGGAAACCUCAUGUGGCCUCUCUGUCUUUCCGCAGUUUACUGGAGCUAAGAAAGACCAUCUCACAUGGGGCAGUGCUGCUGGACCUGGACCAAAAGACCCUGCCUGGCAUCGCACACCAGGUGGUGGAACAGAUGAUCAUCUCGGAUCAGAUCAAAGCUGAAGACCGAGCAAAUGUCCUGAGGGCCCUGCUGCUUAAACACAGUCACCCAAGCGAUGAGAAAGAGCACACUACCCCUUUCCCCAGGAACAUCUCUGCAGCCAGCCUUGGCAGUUUGAUAACACACCAUCACAGUGCCAACCACAGCCAUCAGCCAGAGCCGUCGGUCACCGACCCGCUCAUGAGCACCGUCCACACUGCAGGGGACACAGACACACGCAUUGACAUGGAGAAGAAUGAGGCACAAGCAAGUCUAGUGCUCAAGUGUUAUACAAAAAUCUUAAUUACAGGUAUUUUUCCUUAUGAUUUCACUUCCUGUGUUACUUGCUUUCAGCAAAAGGAGCCAACCUUGGUGCCCAAUAUGCAUCGGUCCAAGUCAAAACAUGAGCUGAAGCUGCUGGAGAAAAUUCCUGAAAAUGCAGAGGCCACAGUUGUCCUUGUGGGAAGUGUGGACUUCCUUGAGCAGCCCACCAUGGCAUUUGUGCGGCUGCAAGAGGCAGUUGAGCUUGAAUCCGUCCUAGAGGUCCCUGUGCCUGUCAGGUUCCUCUUUGUUCUGCUGGGACCCUCCACCACUAGCAUGGACUACCACCAGAUUGGACGCUCCAUCUCCACGCUAAUGUCUGACAAGCAAUUCCACGAGGCAGCCUAUCUGGCAGACGAUAGGCAGGACCUGCUGAAUGCCAUCAACAGCUUCCUAGAUUGCAGCAUUGUGUUGCCACCAUCAGAGAUGGGAGGCGAUGAGCUGCUACGCUCUGUUGCACGCUUCCAGCGGGAGAUGCUGCGCAAGAGGGAGGAGCAGGGAGUCAAACUGUUAGCCAAAGAGCCUAAAAGCCUUGAAGAAAAGGAGGCCCUCCUCACACCUUUGAAAAAGACAGACGACCCUUUAGAGCGCACAGGAAGGCCGUUUGGUGGAAUGAUACGUGAUGUGCGCCGACGUUACCCAAAGUAUGUCAGCGACUUUAAGGAUGCCCUCAACAGUCAGUGCAUGGCUGCUGUGAUCUUUAUCUACUUUGCUGCCCUCUCUCCAGCCAUAACAUUCGGAGGCCUGCUGGGUGAGAAGACGGAUGGUUUGAUUGGUGUAUCUGAGCUGAUCGUGUCAACAGCUGUGCAGGGUGUGAUCUUCUGCUUGCUUGGAGCUCAGCCACUGCUGGUUGUGGGCUUCUCCGGACCCCUGCUAGUUUUUGAGGAAGCCUUUUACAGUUUCUGCAAAGCGAAUGAGAUAGAGUACCUAACUGGUCGUGUCUGGAUCGGGUUUUGGCUCAUCAUCAUCGUGAUUGUGACAGUGGCAUUCGAAGGCAGUUUUCUGGUCCGCUUCAUCUCCCGGUUUACCCAAGAGAUCUUCUCCUUCCUCAUCUCCCUCAUCUUCAUCUGCGAGACCUUCAUAAAGCUCGGCAGGAUUUUCAAGGAGCACCCACUCAAACGCUGCUCCCUUGACAACAGCACAGAAGCUGGCAACUCAACAGAAAAUAUCACCCUCAACAGCACCCUGCCUGUGACAGUGAAGGUCCUAGGCGAGCCCAACACUGCACUGCUCUCUCUGGUCCUCAUGGCUGGGACAUUUUUCAUUGCUUUCUACCUGCGCAAGUUCAAGAACAGUGCAUUCUUCCCUGGAAGGUUACGCAGGAUUAUUGGAGAUUUUGGGGUGCCAAUCGCCAUCCUCAUCAUGGUCCUGAUAGAUUACUGCAUAGAUGACACGUACACACAAAAACUGAGUGUUCCCAGAGGUUUCUCUGUGACGAGUCCCGACAAACGUGACUGGAUCAUCAAACCUCUGGGUACAGAUGGGAAAUUCCCCAUCUGGAUGAUGUUUGCAUGCUGUUUGCCCGCUCUGCUGGUUUUCAUCCUCAUCUUCAUGGAGACACAGAUCACCACCCUGAUAGUGAGUAAGAAAGAUCGGAUGCUGGUGAAGGGCUCUGGGUUCCAUCUGGACCUGCUGCUGAUCGUGGUGCUUGGCGGAAGCUCGGCUCUGUUUGGCCUGCCAUGGAUGGCCGCUGCCACCGUCCGCUCAGUGACCCACGUCAACGCCCUCACUGUUAUGAGCAAGGCCGUUGCCCCCGGAGACAAGCCUCGCAUCCAGGAGGUGAAGGAGCAGAGGGUCACUGGGUUCCUGGUGGCCAUCAUGGUUGGCUUAUCCAUUGUAAUAGGUGACCUGUUGCGUCAGAUCCCCCUGGCUGUGCUGUUUGGUAUCUUCCUCUACAUGGGUGUGAUGUCUCUCAAUGGCAUCCAGUUAACAGAGCGAAUGAUGCUGCUACUUAUGCCACCAAAGUACCACCCUGACCACACCUACGUACGGAAGGUCCGUACACUGCGCAUGCAUCUGUUCACCUGCAUCCAGAUGGUGUGUUUGGCGGUUCUAUGGGCUGUUAUGUCGACACAAGCGUCUUUAGCUUUCCCCUUCGUCCUCAUACUCACCGUUCCAGUCAAGAUGUUUGUACUGCGCCGCAUCUUCACUGUCAGAGAGAUGGCAUGUUUGGAUGCAGAUGACGCAGAGCCAAAGUUUGAUGAGCGUGAGUGUCACGAUGAGUACUCUGAGAUGCACAUGCCUGUGUAACCCUACAAGCAAGCUGCAAGCCUGCAUAUAACCAUUUAACUCCUUUUAGUUAACACCCAAAUUUGUCAAUCACAACCACUGACAUCUAGGAUGCAGCAAUGGAGUGCCUCCAACUUGAAACCCUCACAGAGAAACUCUUUACCAUCAAGACAUCAACACACAGUAUGUCAGUACAUCAGAGGUGUGUUUGGUUGUUACUUGGCUCAAACUUGUCACUAUUGACGUAGUUUUUAUCAGAUUGUGAGAGGCUUUUUUUGAUGAUUAACAGCACAUUCAUUGGUGUGUUCACUCAUGAUGUACUUUUUCAAACAUGUAUUUCGUGGGGGGGGGGAUCCAAAUCAAACGAUCUGAUCUGAAUCUUAUAAUUGAAUGUGAUAACAGUAUAGUUUUGCAAUUUUUAGCCCUGAAAGGUUGCUCUCAUUCACAUUGAAUAUGAGGAGGAUAUGUGGUAUACAUUCCUUUAUAUUGUCAUGCUAUAGUUUUUGCUUAUCUAGUUUAUUGCUUUUUUGUGUUUUAGACUCACCAAGCGCCUUAUGAAGGAACUAAACAGUAUACUGAGAGGAGUUUUUUUUUCCUCAUUUUGUCUUACUGUUGACAGCUGAUCACUUUACCCGUAUCCUGAACCCUCGUAGCACUUUUUUAAGACACCAAAGUAUCUGAAAAAUGACUUUAUUUUAUGUUAACAUUUUAUUUCCUUAAAUUCAUUCAUUAGUAUCAGUGUUGCUUGUUUGCUUCUUAAAUAACUAUCUUUCAUUGAUUAUAAGCCUGUCCUUCUUAAACAUUUGUCUGCACUCAAAUGCAGCAGUUUAGUUGGGCUUUAAAGUAAAUUUCUGUACCUGUAGUGAAUUAGGGAGAUCUUGCAUGACUGUGAUGAUGAUAUACCAAAAAUAUCAAAAGUAUAUGAAAAAGCAAUUUCUCAUUACACUAAUGCCAUGACAUCAUUCUCAUCAUAACAUAUUUUUGUAAUAGAAAGAAAAUACAGUGGCAUAACAAUAUUUUUCUCUAAAUUUCUCCACGCACAUGUUUAGGCCUCUAAUGUUCUGAUGUAGAGUUUGUUUUGAGGUCUCACUUGGUUUUGUAAGUUUAUGAGAAUCACUGUAAUUAUUGGUUUAUUCGUCAAAUGUCAGAAGUGCCAAAUUGUGGCUUGUGUAAAUAGUUUUGUGAUCAGAACAAUAAGCUGCAGUUCAGUCAUCUCAAAUCUUCUAACUGUAUUGUUGUUGUUGUUUAUCAUGUUUUGUCUAAUUAACACCUUUUUCAUAGUAUGACAUUCCUUAUUUUAUAAUUUUUUUCUUAUUUUUUGAAAUGGAGGAGUGUGGCAUUGGCUAAUGGUUUAAACAAUUUUAUUCAUUCAUGAACUUUGUCGACCAAAUUUCCAUGCAAGCUGUGUAGACAAUCUAAAUCUUCAUGCAUUUACAAGAAAGAGGGCUUUUUGAAGAAAAAAAAGGAUAUAUACUAUAUAUGUAAUUAUUUCUCAAGAUUUAUAAGUGUGACAUGGAAUGGUUAUGGUUAAAUUGUUCAAUCAUCUGUUACUCUCAAAAGUGUAUUUGAAACACUACUUUUCCUGCAGAACUGUCUAAUCUCAGCCUGACUGUCACUGUGAUCUUGUGCCUGUUUGGUGUCACAAAGUUAGACAAAAUCUCAAGUGCCUGUGGGACCAUGAAGGGAUCAGCUACAAGUGUCUGUUGCGUUUGUAAGGGCGACACACGUUACAAUAGUUUGCACUUUUGAGACGCGGAUAAAUCAAACAUCUCUCCAUAUUUAUCUGUUGCAUAAUGAGGCAUUAUUGCUAUUUAAAAAAAAGAUUUAUCUGGAGUCUGUCACAAAACCUUUUUUAGCUGCAUCAUGACCAUGCCAUUGAAUAUUUAUGAGGAAAAGGUAGUGGAGUACAUUGUCAGUUUUAUGUCUGCUCAUUUUUCUUGUGGAUGGAGCGAAGGUAGUCUUUGUACGUCAAGGUGUUUGUCAAAGUAGUGAAAUGUGAUGUUGAUCCAUUUCAGAAGCAAUACAAAGUCUGAGAUAAUAUUGCUGAUGCUCCCUUGUACAUUAAUGGUUCAAAUAUUGAUGACAAAUAAAAGUUGUUUUCUAUUUA